AACUACACUGAGAUUUGGAAUAUUACGUUACAGUCCAGCAGGAAAAUGGCGACUGUCAUUCAUAAUCCUCUGAAAUCGCUCGGUGACCAGUUCUACAGAGAGGCUAUCGAACACUGCCGCAGCUACAACGCUCGCCUCUGCGCCGAACGUAGCGUGCGCAUGCCCUUCCUGGACUCGCAAACCGGCGUGGCACAGAACAACUGCUACAUCUGGAUGGAAAAGCGCCACCGACAGCCAGGCCAGGCAGCAGGACAGAUGUAUACCUACCCUGCUCGUUGCUGGAGAAAGAAGAGGCGACUCCACCCACCCCUGGAUCCCCAGCUCCGUUUGUGUGAGCUUCGACUAGAGGCAGAGCUGGCCCCAAAACGUGAGGUUCCCACAGGAGAGGCCACGGCCUUGGAGGCCCUCCUGAGGACCGACAGCCUGCUGGAGAAGAAAAACAGCCUCUGUAAGGAAGAGGAGACGUUGCUGGAGAUACAGAGAGUUCUGGAAGCGGACGAAAAUGGGGACGGCUUCCCAGAUGAUGAAGACUUUGAACUGGAUACUCCAAAGAGAAAGAACAGAAACCGGGGCAAAAGCAGAGGAUCCAGUCGCAGAAGGACAGAACCCGUCAACAUGGACGACCAGGACAAACCUUACGUCUGCGACAAUAGAUACAAACAAAAGCAUAACUCAAAAAAGGCUGAAGAAGUCUGUGGAAAGCGCUACAAGAACCGGCCCGGCCUGAGCUACCACUACACCCACACUCACCUGGCGGAGGAGGAGGGGGAGGAGGAAAAGGAGACAGACGUGGCCCCGUCUCCUCCACGUUGCUCGGACAACCACAAACCUCAGAAGGGCCCGGAUGGCGUCAUCAUCCCCAACGACUACUGCGACUUCUGCCUGGGAGACCAGGACUCCAACAGGAAGACAGGCCAGGCUGAGGAGCUGGUGUCCUGCUCUGACUGUGGACGCUCCGGUCACCCCACAUGUCUGCAGUUCACUGACAACAUGAUGCAGGCGGUGAGGACUUACCAGUGGCAGUGCAUAGAGUGCAAGUCUUGCAGCAUCUGUGGCACGUCGGAGAACGAUGAUCAGCUUCUGUUCUGUGAUGACUGCGACAGAGGAUACCACAUGUACUGCCUGAAGCCCCCAAUGACCCAGCCUCCAGAAGGGAGCUGGAGCUGUCACUUGUGUCUGGACCUGUUAAAGGACAAGGCCUCCGCCUAUGGAGAAGCUUAGCUCUCUGGACACGAUAUAUAUAUUUGUACCUGUACAUCAUAUGACAUGCCCACACAUGAGCAAAAACGUUCUCUCAGACAGAAUCAAACACACACACACCAACGCUCCAGUGCAUUAGCCGGCUCAGGGCAGUUUCCUGUGCGAGGUGCAGAGAUCCUUGAGCUCUCAUACAGCCGAGCAACACUCCAGAUGCAAACGCCAUCACCGUGCGAUCUCGACCAUAAGUCAGCUAACAGCAGGCCUUCCAUUCAGUCAUUUCUCUACCUCACCUCUCAGCAGACGGCAAGAAGCCAAAGCAAGAUAAUGGCCAAUACUGUGGCGUACAUUCGUACAUGCUCAAUUUAAACCAAACUUCUGAAAUCCCCAGAUUUUUCCCCAAUGAUUUAAAUGUAUUUGAUUUGGAAGAUGUUUGUCUGAGGCAGUUCCACGUGCUUCCCUUGCUGCUCCAGGUCUGCAGGGGGGGGGGGCCUGAGCGGGUCUGUCUAAUGUUUGUUUAAAUUUCUCCUUCCAGCUCUGCUCCUCUCCUGUGUUUAGACUUUACAGUGACAUUCCUAUUUUAUAUCUGGACAGACUCAGCGUUAGCUCUGCCGUCUUUCACAGGUUUUGUCUAGCUUAGUGAAACUUACAUCGGGCGCUAAGACGAAACGGAGCGAUGAAGCAGCCUCGGCUAUCAUUCCUGUUGGGAGCAUGGUGACAUUUUUUUAAUCCACAUUUGUUUUGUUUUUUUUGUAUCCUUGCAGUUACUAGGAUACCAUGGUGCUCAAUUUGACACUUUACAAAAAUUAUAGCAUUUCUUUUAAAAGAAUGAAACAUUUAUUUAUUUAUUGUUGAUAAAGGUCCAAUGUUAUUGUGAAGGAGAUCACUGUUACUGUAAAUCAGUGGUUCCCAAACUCUUUCUGACAUGCCUAACCCCCCUUUGGAAGCCAAUACAAACGAUUGCCCCCCUCUCCCAGCCCACACAAAUGAAAGCAUAGGAUAGAAAUGCUAACAGAAGGAGUUGAAAUAUAUUGAAAUAACAUACAUUUUCUUGAAUUGUUGCAUUGUUGGAACUAAUUCCAGCAAUUACUGCAAUGCAAUUAAACAAUAAUGAUUCGGGCGACUGCUUACUUUUGAUUUUGUUGACUGAAAUUGUUUCUAGCGAUCUGAUCAACUGUAGCUAGCUCAGAGAGUUGGUUAAAUAAAGAAAUCAGUCUACAACUGACUCUGAAAGAUGCACAUGAUGGCUACGUGCACGAUACAGCUAAAGCGUCAUGUCCCAAAUGAGGAGACAGUCACACGUCCCAAGCAAAAAAGUCAGCCUCCUCAGCAGCUCAUAUGAAGACAUAAAGAAAUAUCUUUUUUGUAUUGCAGGGUAGAGCUUGUUAUCCAGUGCUAGAGUACAGAUACUACUGUACUCUGAUGUUACUGCAUUGGCUCCCAUGUUCCCUGUAAUCCCACCUAAUAACAGUUUGGCAGCAACGCUAUCUUAACUCUAAAUUCACGUACAGCUGAAGGUGGUACGAUAACAUUUGCAUUUGAUGUCAGAGCAGAUUAGGACGCAGUUUAAUCCAGUCAUUACCAUCUGACUCACACUCAAAACAAAAUCCAAAGCUCGACAGGUCAGCGUUUAAUGGAGGGGUUUAGUGAACUGUUAGUUACACCUAUGUCAGGCAUUUCAAAACAAUCCGCUUGGAAGAAGGUUUAUUCACCUUUUGUGGUUUUCACUCUACAUUUUAGCCGGUGUUUAGUUUACCCCAUGCAAUACCCUUCUGCCCCUCCAGAGGCCCCCACCCUGCAGUUUGGGAACCACUGCUGUAAAUGAACCAGCGCAGUGUGUGAAUUAACAAACCCUGAUUCAUGGCUAUAUAACAAGCAGUGUGGUGAAUCAUAUACUGUGUGUGUCCUGAGGAAGCAGUAUUUACUGGUGAGUCCUGUCUGGAGGUUUGUUACAGUUUAUGUGAUGAUUUUUUUAUUUUUAUUUUUUACACUUUUUUAUAUUGCAGUUAUGAACCAGACUAAUUUCUGGAGGUUCUGUGUUUGUAUUACCACAUGAGUACAGUUGAUCUGUUAAAUUGGUUUCACCUAAAGUCGAAUAUUAUAAUCUUCAAAGCCAUCUAAUUUAUGUUUUUGAGCAAAAUUCGGUAGCGCUCACCUACUGCUCUCUAAAAACAAGGUUGAUCAUGAAUAGGAAGAAACACCAAGAAUAAGCUCAGAACUAAAAAAAAAAAAAAAAAAAGUCCAUCAAAGUACACAUAGUGUGGAAGCCUUGACAGGAUAUCACAAUCUGCAUUCGUGUUUUGUUAUUGUGAGUUUGUAUUUGAUAUUGCUUUUCCACAGACAAUCAUGACCUAGCAUAGAUACAGUACAUGAUGUUAAUAACAUGCAGAGGGUUGCAUUGUGCUUUUCCAUGGCGGGUAUCACAACCCUUUGUGUCUUCCUUUGGAAAUGUCUUGGAUGUCAUUCUUACUUGAUGCCAUCACCUACAGUGAUUCAAUAUGUGUGUUGUAUUUUGUUCAAGUAAAUGUUAUGUUUUGUGAUGAAAUAAAGACUUU